AACCUGUGUUACAAGAACCCUUGUAAAAACGGAGGUGAAUGCAAGUCUCGUGCCGGCCGCAGCUACUAUUGUAAAUGUGCACAAGGGUUUCAAGGAAAAGACUGCGACGAAGGUAACUACAACCAUCAAACAUAAUUUUCCAAAGUUGGUUCACCACAUGUUUUAGCAUCUUGCCUCAGUAAAAUAAUAUAAAUUCUUAUUAAAUUCAAACAUGGAAAGAGCUAGUUUCUUCGAGGGAUUCCAAGACAUUUUCACCAAUUUGCAAACAGCGUGUUUAUGGCAAAAUCGGCCUUAAAAAUUUGCAGAGGUUCUGGGUGGCAAAUAAACAAAAAAUUGAACACUGAUCUUUUAUAAUUCAGAGGUUAUUUUUUAUCACUAUUUAUAACUUGAUCAGUGAAUGCCUACAAGGCAAUAAAUGAUUGUCACUAUGAAAUAAGCGUAUUGAAUCUUCUACAGCUACUGUCCUGGAUUUGCCCAAAUCUUCCAUCAAUCGCUCGACCUAGGGUUGUCAUAGUAACACAUUCAAUGGUAUUUAGUCAUCACGAACAGCUUUCAAAUAAAAGAUGUGCCAAUUUUGUAUUCAAAUAACAUUUUGUUCAUAGACGUAAACGAGUGUUCUGGUGAUGUUUGUGGUGAAAAUGCCAACUGCGAAAACACAAUGGGCUCUUACAUUUGUACUUGCAAAUCUGGAUACGCCAGGAGAAACAUGACAGGCUGUUUAGGUAAGGGGAGCGUUAAUUAUUUUUUCCAUUAGAUAAUAGUUUUCGUUUAUUAUUUUUUCUACUGAAUACUUAGAGAUGGCGAAUUUUCAAUUUUCUGAAACGCUGGUCUUCUGUGACAGUCACAGAUUUGUAUAAUUUCUUUAAGUAAAAUCCAACUAGUGGUCUAUUAUCAAUACUGCGUCCUGAUUGGUUGAGCUACUACUAGGCUAUAUGUUAUAGCCUACUAGUAGUGAAAAGUGCGCGCUUUUUGGUGGCAAAAAAGGAUUAAAGUCUAGCUUUAACUAGCUAAAAUUUUUUUAUUCUCGAUAUUUUUGACCAAUUAUUCCUCUCGCCCUCCUGGCCUCUGAGUCAAUAGCCCAUUCGGGCUCGAGGAAUAAUUGUUAAAUAUUUAUCUUGAUAAAUUUAACUAUUGUCAUUGGGAUUUAGAUAGUUAACUUUAGAGAAAUAACCAAAUAACCUUACAAUAUUCUUUUCCUAGAUAUCAACGAGUGUGCUAUCGGCGCUGAUGCUUGUGACGUUAAUGCCAAGUGCAAAAAUACUGUUGGAUCUUACACUUGUACCUGCAAAAAGGGUUUUACAGGAAAUGGAAAAACAUGCACUGGUAAGAUUUACUUUACUCACUGAUUUUUUCUUUCAAAUUCAAAACGAAUGGUCUUAAUGUUCAGAUAUUCUUUUGUUUCCACGAACAUACGUGACAAUAAAUAUUAUUCUCUUAUUUGCUUAAAACGAUUUCAAAAAUAAACACUGGUACAUAAAAUGAACAGGUGUAAACUGUUGUAAAAACAUAUGUAACUGCUUUAGGACACUUUAAAAACAAACGAUAUUUCAAAGAAACAAUCUCAUGAUACUUUGUCCUUAGAUAUCAACGAAUGUUCCACCGGCGCUAAUGCCUGUGACGUUAAUGCCAAGUGCAAAAAUACUGUUGGAUCUUACACUUGUUCCUGUAAAAAGGGUUUUACAGGAAAUGGAAAAACAUGCACCGGUAAGAUUGACUUGACUUAUUGCCUAGUUCUUCCGUAUGCAAAGAAAAACAAUCGCCUGUUUCCUUAUCUUCCGAUCAAAUGACGCAACAUAAACUAAUAUCGCUCAAUGGUGUUGCCAAAACUGUAACAUAGUUUAAACUGUUUAACCCUGUAGUGAGGUGGCUUUAAGAUACUUACAGUAAAAAAGAAAGUUACAAUCUGUUUAAAAAUGAAAUAAUACCGUGAUUCUCUUUUCUUAGAUAUCAACGAAUGUUCUACCGGUGCUGAUGAUUGUGACGUUAAUGCCAAGUGUAAAAAUACUGUUGGAUCUUACACUUGUACCUGCAAAAUCGGUUUUACAGGAAAUGGAGAAACAUGCACCGGUAAGAAAAAGAAACGUGUUACAUAAACUAUUAUUGCUUAGUGGUAUAACUGUUACAUAGUUUUUAACUGUGUAACCGUGUAGUUGUUUAGUGGCUUCAAAAUGCUUGAAACUAUUUCUAAGAAAGAAUGAUCGGUUUAAAACUCAAAUAAUCUCGUGAUAUUCUGUGCUUAGACGUCAACGAGUGUUCUACCGGUGCUUAUGACUGUGACGUUAACGCCAAGUGUGAAAAUACUGUUGGAUCUUACACUUGUACCUGCAAAAAGGGUUUUACCGGAAAUGGAAAGACUUGCACUGGUAAGAUUUUAACUGACAUGUAACCACAGGCUCUUCCAAACGAAAAAGUGAUUGUUAAGUGGUAUCACUGUGAACUGUUUAAAGCAAAAUAACUUUAGGAGGCCUGAAAGUUGAUCACUAAGGAAAUAGCGACCUAUUUAAAACUGAAAUAAUCCCGUGAUACUCUGUUCUUAGACAUCAACGAAUGUUCUACCGGCGCUGAUGCCUGUGACGUUAAUGCCAAAUGCAAAAAUACUAUUGGAUCUUACACUUGUACCUGCAAAAAGGGUUUUACAGGAAAUGGAAAAACAUGCACUGGUAAGAUUUACUUUUGUUUCUCAGAACAUCCAAGACAUUAGAUGUUAUUCUCAAAUAAUCAAAGCAGGUUGAUACAUUACAUUAACAGGCUUAAAAUGUUAUAACACCAUAUUUAACUGCUUUAGAAAGCUUUAAAAGUAAACGAUCUAAUAAACUGAAAAAAUCUCGUGAUACUCUGUUUUAGAUAUCAACGAAUGUUCUACCGGCGCUGAUGCUUGUGACGUUAAUGCCAAGUGUAAAAAUACUGUUGGAUCUUACACUUGUACCUGCAAAAUCGGUUUUACGGGAAAUGGAAAAACAUGCACUGGUAAGAUUUUUACUUUGGCUUAAUGACCAGCUCUUCCAAAAAGAAAAAAAUCAAUCGUUUUCGUUUCCAGUCUAGUUACUUUCAAAUAAGGCAAAUUAAGCGAUAACGCGUAUCGCUUAGUAAUAAUAUUGUUGCAUAGUUUAAACUGUUUAACCCCAUAGUAAAGUGUGUUAGGAGACCUGAAAGAAAAUUUGUAAGAUAUAACGAUGUAUUUAAAAGUGAUUUAAUCCCGUGAUACUCUGACCUUAGAUAUCAACGAAUGUUCUACCGUCGCUGAUGCCUGUGACGUUAAUGCCAAAUGUAAAAAUAAUGUUGGAUCUUACGCCUGUACCUGUAAAAAAGGUUUUACAGGAAAUGGAAAAACAUGCACUGGUAAGAUUUUAUUAUCUUACUGAAUUGUCCUUCUUAAAGAAAAAGCUCUUCUCCACUUUCAGAUUUUCCUUCAAACAACACAAUAUUAAUAGAUGAUUACGCUUAACAGAAUAGCUUUCACAUACUUUAUAACUACCCUGUAGUGAAAUGCCUUCAAGAAACAUGAAAGGAUUUCAAAGAAUUUUACGAUUUAUCCAAAACUAAUCUUGUAAUAUUCUGUUCUUAGACGUCAACGAGUGCUCUACCGGUGCUGAUGCCUGUGACGUUAAUUCCAAGUGCAAAAAUACUGUUGGAUCUUACACUUGUACCUGCAAAAAGGGUUUUACAGGAAAUGGAAAGACAUGCACUGGUAAGAUUUCUUUCUUUCUGGCUGGUAGUCUUCAUAAUUAUUCAGACCUUCCUUUUUUUCCAACAACAUAA